AUGGCCGAACCCGAACGUCGCCGCGCAAGGCCACCAGUGUCUUGCUCUCUAUGUCGAAAGCGCAAGAUAAAAUGCGAUCGAGAAGUACCGUGUGGCAAUUGCGUACGAUCCAAGAGCAAGAGUUGCUCCUACGAAGCACUCCAGGCCUACGCGGCAUAUACAAAUAGUCGCAAACAGGCAUCGCAAAGUCGCCCUAAUCAUGCGAUACCACAUCUCAAUUCUAUUUCUGCAAUUAACCAAUCUUCCGACAAGUCUCAUGGCUUGCUCAACGAUGCAAGCUCAAGCGACGUCUCGGAUGUGGCGACUCAAGGGACUAGCCAGUCGAAUGACACGACAAACACUCCUUUGUCGAGUGCCACUUCACCUACUUCUCAUGAAAUAGAAACAAUGAGGACGAAAAUCCGAUAUCUUGAGGACCAAUUAUCCAAGGAUCGUUCGGAGGGCAUCGAUCGGAACGCCUUCCCAACACCAAUGUACAGUGUUGAAACCAUCACCACAGAAUUGGCAGGCGCCUUCACCGCUGAGUUCCCAGGUUUAUCAUCAAGUCAGUCCAAGGCAGCAAGUAACAGCGUUUUCCACAAGGGUCGAUUGUUUGGACAGAGCCAUUGGAUCAAUGGAGUUGCUGUGUUUGGCGACAUCUUUGAUUUGAUAGAGCCAGUCUUACGAGAUCCGACUUCCAAAAUGAAGGUUGGCAUGCAACGAUGCAAAUAUCUUGGGAGGCUCAUCAAAAUGCAACGAGAGCCUUCAUGGCCUGUACAGCCGACACUGGAUCUUCCACCAAGACAUGUGGCCGACAAGUUGGUCGAGUGCUACUUGAGGACUAUUGAAACACUAUAUCGAAUCGUCCACAUCCCUAGCUUCAAACAAGAAUACGAAUCGCUGUGGGAAUCGAACUCGAAUGUCGACCUUGCCAUUGUGGUUCAGGUAAAGCUGGCGCUUGCCAUUGGAGCAGCGACAUAUGAUGAUCAAUUCAGCAUGAGAAGCUCUGCGAUUCGAUGGGUAUACGAAGCACAAACGUGGUGCUCAUCUCCAGAAUUCAAAUCUCGUCUGAACCUUCGAUCACUCCAGAACCAAUGCCUACUAUUGAUAGCCAGAGAAAUGGUCAAUGUCGGAGCUGGACUGGUGUGGAUUGCAGCUGGCGAGUUGCUUCGCUCUGCGAUCUAUAUGGGUCUACACCGAGAUCCCACAUGGUUUCCUCGAGCCACCCCACUCAAAAUCGAAAUGAGUCGCCGACUGUGGAAUACCAUCUUGGAAAUUUGUGUCCAGUCCAGCAUCCAAUCAGGUGCUCCACCGCUACUGUCGAUGGAGCAAUUCGACUGCCAACCGCCGAGAAACUUCGAUGACGACCAGCUCAUGACGGAUGACCCGGUCCCUAAACCCGAGAGCGUACUCACUCAAUCUUCAGUUGCGAUUGCGCUACGCAGUACUUUGCCUAGCCGCCUCCGGGUGGUACAUUUCCUCAACGAUCUAGGUUCGACCAAAUCGUACCAGGACGCAUUGCGUCUGGACAAUCAACUGCGAACGGCUUACAGAGUCAUGUGUCGCACGCUACGAAGUUUGACUCCAGACUCUGGUGGAGCCACUUUGAAGUUUGCCAUCAAUGCCGUCGAGGUUCUCAUCCGGCAUUAUUUGUCGACACUACAUGUUCCAUUCCUCGGGACGUCGAAUGACGAUACAGCAUAUGCAUAUUCGCGAAAAGUGGUGAUUGACAACUCGCUCAAGAUCUGGUGCACGGUAUAUCCGUCAACGACACUGGUGCAGGACGGUCUCGGUAGUCCUCAACGGAUGGAGAGGGACGCAGACGAUUUCGCACGGUUGUCGAUCUGCGGGUUAGGAUUCUUCCGCAGCGUGGCCUUUCAAUCGACUAUGCUCAUCGCUUUAGAGUUACGAGCUCAAUCACACGAUGAGUACGGCUUGGGCCCAUCGCCUCUUCGACCCGACCUCCUGUCCGCAUUGGAUGAGUCCAUAGCGUGGGCUAUGCGUUGCAUUGAAGCUGGCGAGGUCAAUGUCAAGGGAUAUUUCUUCACCUCUGUGGUUAGUUGUCUCAUCCGCAUGCGCGAUGCCAGUCAGGAGGAGCUGCUCAAAACUGUCGUGAAAACCGCGGAAGAUCUCAUCGACGAAUGUCUACCCAUCCUCGAGAGACAGGCCGGCAUUGACGAAUCUAUGGAGCAAGGCGCAGGGCAGGACAAAGACACUGGCCAAGGUCCCAAAUCGCUUUCUGUAGAUAUGUUCGACGAUUGGGAUCUCAUGAUGACGGACGCUCAAUUCACUUUUGAAAGCACGGGUCCCAUGAGUUGGAUGGUGGAGAAUGAAGGAUCUGGAGAAAUGAUGCCAUGGUGA